UCUGCUCGUGGCCCCGCGCGCUGUUGAAUGCGUAUGUUCCUCGAAUCGCGAUUAUUGCUGCAAUUCCUGCUCAUCCCGGGGGGCCCCUGAAAACCAUCAUGGCUCGCUGCCCGGAACAUGGUGAGCACAAGAAUCACGAAACCAGCGAACUGAGUCACCGUUACCGCCCGAAUGCAUAUGAAUCCUACGGGUCCUUCUACAAUACCUUGUCAGCAUCCGGGACACCAGACGGCGUGUCGGAGAGCUUGUCCGAUCCUGUAGGCAACCACGUCGCGACAGCCGAGGGCACGAGCAGCAGCAACGCGAAGUUGGCCGUGGUGGCCGUCGCGGUGGCGCUCUUCAUCGUCUUCGUGGUGCUCCUCAUGCGCUACGGGUAUCCCAAGGCCGAAAAGAAGGACGUGCCCGCAAGCGGCAUCUGCGACCGGGAGUCGUGCCUCGAGUACUCGCAGCUCCUGCGCGCCUCGCUCGCCGACUCGCUGAACCCGUGCCACAACUUCUACGCUUUCGUCUGCCACGGCGCCCGGUACCCAGGCGGCACGGACGCCAGCAUUCUGUCGCUGACGCGCGCAAGGCUGAUCGACGCCGUGCUCGAGGAGUGGCUGCGCGACAACCACACGCUGCGGGAAGGGCGAGUGCCCGGCAAGUCGCUCUGGGCCGGAAAGUUGCUGCAGAUGUGCGUAGGCCAGCACGAAUCGGGAGCGGACAGCUCUCUCGCGGAACUGCAGCGAUUCAUGCUCGAGAGGAACCUCACGUGGCCUCACGCCAACGACAGCGUUGGCCUUGCGAAUCGGGACACGUUGGGCACGCUAGUCCAGUUGUCUCUCUUCUGGAACGUGGACGUGUGGUUUUCCCUGCGCGUUCUCGAAGUAAGCGCGUCCGCGGGAAGGCCCACGUUUCGAUUUGGCAGGAGCGAGAGCUACCUCGAGUGGGAAGAAAAGCGCAAGGCGUUCCUCAAGAAUAACACCUACAACCGCCUCCUGGAGACGUUCAUCAGUGCCUUCGGUGUAAGCGAGGCGGGUCAUGUAAAGAACAUCGCGGAUAGACUUCGCGCGCUCGAGGAAGAAAUCUCUGGCAUACUGGCAACGUCGCCGACUCGGGUUCGACACAGCGGCCCUCGUGUCCUGAAAGUAAGCGAGAUGCAGCCGAACGGCUCCAGUGCCCACGCUUUUGACUGGGCAGCGAUUAUAGCCGAGGCCUUCGGCACCGGGACAAGCGAAUUCGCCAACGACGCCGUGGUGGUAAAAAAUUCGAGCCUCCUCAACGGUGUCAACACGCUCCUACAGUUGAACGCCAAUAAGGCAAACAUUUACGCCCUGGUAAUCAGCUGGACCGUCGCAAGGGACCUCGGAAGCUUCGUGCAUGCCGGCCUUAGCCAGGCGUACGGCAUGACCGACAGAAAUGUCGCCGAACGCUGCAUCCUUCGACUCGAUCAGGGUGUUCCACGCGGUGCAGGAUGCCGCCAUCGAAGCCCUGGACGGGAACCUCUGGAUGGACAGCGGCACCAAGCGCAGGGCUCUGUUCAGCGCCCGCCGGAUCGCGCUUUUGACGAGACUACCACGUGCGUCGGACCUGGGCGACGACGAAGCCGAGCUGCCACGUCUGGACCACGACCAGAGCUUCUUCGAGGCGUGGAGAACUGCUGUGGAGCACAUGCAGGCGCACCUGCUGGCGCCGCGCAAGGGCAGCCCCGCGGAGCUGUCGUUCCUGAGCGCGAGGCCCACGUUCGAGGAGGCGCACGACCGCGUGGUGCUGCACCCGGCCUCCCUGUGGCCGCCGUUGUUCGCUCUCGACCUGCCGGUGGCCGUACUGUUCGCCGGCAUUGGACAGCUGCUGGCGCACGAGCUCAUGUACGGCUUCCACUCGGCGCUCAGCCUAGACUUUUUCGACGACGUCAAUGGCUCGGAUCAGUGGCGCCCAGAGACCAUCGGUUCCACGCGUAUGGAACCAUGGGUGACGCACCGGAGGUCCAAGCCGGACGUCCCACUAAACGUGGCGGUGCGGCCGCUGUGAAUGCCGCUAUGAUAGCGCUGCGUCAGCUCAUCCCGACCGAGCCAAAGGACAGAAGGCUGUCCAAGGUGGAGACCCUCCGGCUGGCUGCGGGCUACAUUGCGCACCUGUCGGCAAGCCGGGUGCAGAACGAUGGAGGCGCGCCUCGGCCCAUCUGUGCACCUUUCUGCGUCUUCUGCGUGACCGAGCGGCGAUCGGCACGCUGCAGUGCUGGGACACAGCAUCAGGCCAGCGGCCGUCAUCUGUCUGCGUAACCACUGGUGCCAUUGUAGUCCGGGGGCUACAGUUACACCACUCUUGGAUGCUACCCUGGACACUCAAGUUUCGAAUUUGAGUGUCCUUUUUGCUACCAUUACCGUCAGAACCACGUGGCACCUGUGUAUAUAGCUCUCAGAAAAGGCAGGAAAGGUGACAUAAUUGUGCUCUACCUUGCUAAGUCCUAUUGAUACUCCUGAAACAUGUUUGUAGCGGCAAAGAGACGAUCAGGCUUCCCGUUUUGUUACUGCCUUUGCUACAGUGCACCUGGAACAGAGCGCUGUACUCGCUGACAACUCCAUCUUUCUGUGGCAGUGAAGAUAACGCAACAGGAGGGGAGAUUCUGCACGUGUGUUACUGAGCCAAGUAUUCUGGCAAUGUUUCUCAUUUACUUUAACGUAGAGAACAGCCGAAAAUUAAGUCAAGCUUGACACUCAGUGGCUUAUUUCACUUUUGUAAUAUGUUUGUCUUCUUUUGCUCAGCUUAAUCUGAUGCAGACAAGAAUGUAGGACUUUCUUCAAGAGCAUUCUCGUGCGUGCUUUGCCUCUGUAGCUUUCCCUUCGUUGCCACGGAAAUUUGUCGGUGAGAGUAUAGAAUAGACCAAACAACCACGCUUGUCAGUCAGAGGAGCGAAUCCCCCAACAAUGCUCCAGACCAUUCUUGGCACAGAAGGCCAAGUACGAGGGUGGACGAAUAUUCUAUUUCGAAUACGAAUUCAAUAGUCUUUCGUUACUCGAUUCAAGAAUUCAAUAUUAUUAAUUGUUGGAUAUUCAUUUUUGGCUCCAACAACACUUGUUGGACUUUUGGGGGAGAGACCGACCCAAGUGACCACUGCUCCAAACUAUAUUCUGCUGCAGGAAGGCUGUGGAUGGUGCAGAGAGGUACCUCUUCGGCAAACGCAUGGUACAGCCAAUUUUCGCACAGAAACUUCCAGUCGUUCAAUAAGAAUGCCUCGCCCGCAGGCAGCCGGUGAAUUUGUCAUUCAGCCAAUCUCAGCCCUCUUGCUCUACAUGCAUGUGGUCACCGUGUCGUUCUCACAGGUACAGUGGGCUAGAAAUAUGUUGAUCAGUGGAGAAAACGGAGGGCCAUCAAUUUCCUUGUUUGAAUUUCAUGUACAGAAAGUAUUCUUAUGAUCUCUGUCAAAUCGCAAUCACAAUACGAAAGUGUAGGGAAGAAAUUCUUGUUCGUGACGAUAGCUAUUGGUUGAAGAAAUCCAAAGUAUGCGUGGUAGUAGCAUCUGGCGUGCACUGUCAAUCCGGUGCAGUUAUGCCUUCUCUUGCAGAAUUGUGAAAAUACAGGAUGUUGUAUCACAGUUUCGCAAUUGUAUUCUCAUGGUGGCUCAGAAAUUUGUGUCUACUGCAGACAUAAUGUGCUUAGGUAUCUCACAAUGGAAAGCAUAGUACGGAAUGCAUCCUGACCAGGACUUCCAAAUUCGUAUGACCCCGAAAUCCAGAUGAAUCGCAUUAUUGAGAUCCAAUUGGUUUUAAGUUUAUAACACAUUUACACAGAAUUUGAUUCUUUAGGAAAACUUGAACGACGAAAUGUUCACAAAGGGGAGCCAUUUUGCCUGUUCGUAUAUACCAAAUGUCCCACCAACGUCACUGUUUGCCAAGUUGCAGUGCAAUAAUUUAAUUUGUAGUUACUUGAGUGGUGUCAUUUCAAGUGCAAUAUGUAAACAAGAUAUGAGGGUACAAAAAUGAUGCACCUUAAAGGACCCCCAAACCACUUUAGCUCAUAAAUGUUAUAUAGUGUACCAGCCUGAAAGAGUUUUAAAUGAUCCUGUAGUGGCAAAGUUACGUGUGUUUGACAAACUAUGCUGCGGGAAAGAAAAAAUUGUCAGCCACCCUACUGCACCCUUUGUAGGUCGGGUGGAUGACAAUAUUCUUUCCAUGAACUUUCCUCCCCCUUGCGGGCUACCUUAGAACUGAUUUGCCAAUUACACGGUUACUCGCUCGCCUUCGCUACCCUCUCCUCACUGUCCCCUUUCACCGACUCCAUGCACUGCCAGCGCCACUUAAACAUAGUGUUAGCAGUGCACACAAUGUGCGAGCCACUUUCCCCUCCCAGAACACAGCCGGCUCAGGUCUUUCAUCAAUUGACCUAUAGAAAGCUUCUACCCUGGCAACGUCACGCUCAUGUCCAGGCUGGAAUGACAAAGGGAUGAGAAAAUCCCAGAGAGAAUCAUGAGAUUUUACAUUUCUUUCUUUUAAAGUUGUGGCUUUCCCACAGUGCAUGGCACUGCCAUGUUCGCUUAAGAUGAUCAUCGCAACAUUCUAUACAUGAUCAUUUUUAAGUGUGUUCAAAAUGUCACGAGUGGUUCAGCGACCGUUUAAAGAUUAUCUGUGCAAGGCUUUCUCCUGUCCUUUCUAAAAUGCCUGGAGCUGAAUAAAUAAUUGUGCUUUUUUGUGUCAA